CCACAUCGUGGUAGAUAUAAUACUUUUAAUAAAGUAUCUAAAAUAAAUAUUCUUUUUUCGACAUGAUGAUAUUUCUAAAACUAUUAUUAAGUAUCGGAUUAAUCUUUAUCGCUGAGACGGCAUCUAUUCGUAAUGAAUCAUCUUUAUGCUAUCAACCAUCAAAAUAUAUAAAACCAAUCCAUUACGAUAUCAAGCUUAUAUCAUACAAUGAAGGAGAUUUUUUCUAUGGAGAAUACAAUAUCAGCAUAAGCAUUCUUAACAAAACAAAACACAUAUUUCUACAUUCAGAAAAAUUAAGUAUUAAAAAUAUAGUUUUAUUUACAAAUGUAGAAAAAAAUCAUGAGAAUGAUAAAGAUACAUUUUAUGAACCAACAUAUAAUACUACUGAAGAAGACACAAUUGAUAUUCUUUUUAAGGAUGAGUUAUCACCAGGAAAUUAUAUUUUAAAUAUAAAAUAUUUUGGUUCUGCUGAUAAAGUUUUUAGAAUUUUCGACGUGAAUAAAAAAUUUGCUAUGGUAGCUGGAAUUCAUUUUCAUAUAUGCAUCCAUAACAUAUCUACAGGAUGUAAUCAAUGUACGACUUUGUCAAAUAUGCCAUUGCGACAUACGGAAAAAAAUGAGUACAAUAUGUUAUGGACACAUUUCGAUACCACACCUGCAAUGUCGCCUUAUCUUGCAACAACGAUUGUGUCUAAUUAUCUAUUACGUAUUGAUAAUGACACUCGAAACAUUGAAAUGUACAGCAGAUACGAAUCUAAAUUUCAAAUGAAAUUUGCAAGAAAUGUAGCUGAAAAUAUCACGUUGUGUUUAAAAAUUGAAUGGAAACAGCGUUCCAGCAAUAUUUCGAAAGUGACUCAUGUUGUAAUUCCAAAUUUCCAUGACAAUGGCAUAAUAGUUUUCGGGCUAGUUUUUUAUAAGGAAACAGAUAUCAUAUACGAUAAAAAUUUAUAUCCUAUUGCUCACAAAAUCGAAGUAGCUCAAUUAGUAGGACGUAAAGUGACACAGCAAUGGUUUAAUAACAUGUUGAACAAUCCGUUCUUGUCAGAUUUUUGGUUUAAAAAAGGUCUUAUUACAUUGCUUGCAACGUAUGCUGUCAAUAAGAUUUAUCCAGAUUAUCGAAUAAUGGAUUUAUUUGUUGUUCAAAAUCAACAUUACUCUUUUAAUUUGGAUGGUUAUUAUAUGUGGGAUUCUACUUUACAAGUUAACAGAUCACUGGAUAUUCCCAAUUCUAUCAGAGCACCCUUUAUACUGCGCAUGAUGCGACACGCCUCCGAAGAUAUUUUUUGGAAAAACAUUAGCUCAUAUGCAAAUAGCACGCUAUCACAUCGUCCAGGCUCUGUGAAUCUUAUGAGAGAUGUUGCUACAAAAAUGAAUUUUGCUCCAAAACUAAUAAGAAUGGAAGAAUGGGCUUCGGAAAAGCAUUGUCCUCUCAUUAAAGUAGUACGAAAUUAUAAUGAUCCUAUGAGCCAAGCAACUGUAACGACACAAUAUAUCGACAUAUUAGAAGUUCGCUACAUUCCUAUAACUUUUACUACGGAAGCAUCUCCCGAUUUUAACAAUUUCAAUCAUCAUUAUCUAGACGUGUCACGUGAUUUCAAUUUAACAUUACCAUUUAAAAAGGAUGGUUGGAUGAUAUUCAAUAUACAACAAGUUGGAUAUUAUCGUGUUAACUAUGAUGAGGAGAAUUGGCGAAGAAUUUCAAAUUAUUUAAAACUUGACGAUUACACGAAAAUUCAUGUUCUUAAUCGUGCCCAAAUUAUCGAUGAUGCAUUUCAUUUAACGAUAGCAGGCCAACUCCAAAAACAUAUAUUCUGGGAUCUCAUACAGUAUUUGCAUAGAGAUGAAGAUUAUGUGGCAUGGUAUCCUAUGUUUAAAGCUUUGGAAUACGGGUAUGGCACUCAUCGUGGACGGAAAGACAUGGAUAUAUAUCUUACGACGAGAGUAAAGUACAUUUUACGCGCGCUACUUAAAAAAAUCAAAUAUGAAGAAAUUGAUGAUACAGACCAACUUAGAAUAUGUUUACGACAAGAAGCUGCAAGAUGGGCAUGUUUUCUCGGUGUCAUCGAUUGUAAGGAAGAAGCCAACAAGAAAUUAGAACAACAUCUCCUAGAUCCUACAAAACACAAACUUUUGCCAUGGUGGCAGGAAUGGACAUAUUGUAACGGUUUGAAGACAAUUACCAACAAACUGACUUGGCAAUUAGUGUAUAAUAUAGGAUAUAAAAAAUCUGACACUAAAUUUAUAGAAUACUUGGCUUGCUCUGAAUUUUCUGAUAUAAUUACAGACUAUUUAAGUUAUAAAUCUUUUACAAAACAAGAAAAUCAAUAUCUUUUAAACAGUUACUUCCAUAUUAUUACGCAGACUGCGAACGAUUUAUAUAUCCUGAAGUACUACAUAUUAGAAGACUUGUGGUCCACAAAACCAAAAUAUGUUGAUAUAACUGCAGCAUUUACUGUUAUUAUUAAUAACAUAUAUACUGUAAAUCGAUUUAAGGAAAUAAACGUAUACGUGAAAUGGUUGAAGAGACAUGAAUACUUAAUUAAUGAAAAGAAAGAAAAGGAUUUCAUAAUGCAGAAUUCUGAUAAAAUUCGAAGCAAAAUAUCAAUUCGCAAGAAUCAACUUAAAAGACAAAUACAGUAUUUGGAUGAUAUUUUCUAUUUGUGAAAAUAAAAAAAAUUGUAGCUUUGCAUUGUGCGCGUGGAUAUACUUCAUAUUAACCAUUUUUAUAUAUUGUAUGUAUUAUUAAUUUUAUUGCGUAAAUUAUUAUUUAUGUAGAUGUAUUACUAUUCGAUGCAUCUGUAUUUACAAAUCUUUAUGACUACAUGCAUCAAGCUUUUUAUUUUUUUGCGAAUUUGCUUAAUGUAAUUGAACUAUAUAUUAUUGCCUGUGUUCACAAGAAAGUAUAAUAUUACUAUAAAUUUUAUUGUUAGAUAUAAAAUAAAAAUAAA